AUGCCUAAUUUUACUUACAACGUGGCCUACACUACUGCUGCCAACCGAGGGGUCGCUCCCGAGGAGAGACUGACGCGAGCUGAGCUCUGGCAGGGAGUCAAACGCGGCACUCGCCACCCAGGAGAGUUUGCAGCCCAUGUUCAGCACUGUACUGUACUGGCGGGUGGAACGCGCAACGAGUUUGUGCGUGAGAUCGUGAUCGGAGACGGUGGAGUGCAUGCGAAGAAUGGAAAGCGUAUGACCCAAGAUGUGUUUCUCCAGGAUAAUCUCUAUUUGUUGGCAACAACACGAGAGAGCGGCGCUAAAACCACAAUGAUGGUAGGAUACGGCUGCGAAUCAGCAUCCCAAGAAGAGGAAGAGCUCGACCCAUAUCUAACGCUCUUCUACGAGUUGGUCAUGGGGGAGGACUCUCCCGAACCUGGCAGUAAGGCUGAGCAGGAGGUCAUCGCUGGUUAUCGAUCUCUUGCGAAGCGCCUCUGCGAGGAGACUGUUGAGCUAGUCCGGACGUGGAAGAAGAAUGGGAGACUGGAGAAUUUGGCCGAGGAGGAGAGAGAAGAGGAAAACACCAAGUAG